CCCGACAGAAGAACUAGUGCACUUUUUUGUUGUGCAGAAUUUGUUUUAAAACAGUAGGCAUAUUUCAAGUACCAACCUGCUUCCUAAUUUUAGUUUACAAUGACAUUUCAUUUAGUACACCCUUCACAUUUUCAUCACUAAAACAAAAUUCUAUUUUAACUCUCUCUAUAUGAAUGAAUAUACCCUAAUCACCAAUUAUUUCUUUGUACCCACUUUUGCAUUUUAAUAGCACUAACAAAAUCAAUCUCAAAAGCAUCCUAAGCAAAUAUUACUACUAUAACAUAAACCUUUAAACUUGCAUCAGACAAUCAAGUUCUAAGUAUGGGGAAGAAUGGUGGAAGUUCUUCGUGGUUUAGCGCGGUGAAGAAGGCAUUUAGGUCUCCUAGUAAAGAAAAACAGAACAACAGUGAUAAGAGAAGUUGUAGAAGUGAAGAUCUUGAGCAACAAGAACAAGAAAAGAGAAGAGGAAAGCGUAGGUGGAUGUUCGGAAAGCCCUUAAACACAAAUGACGCGACAAAGGUUACAUAUAUUAAGAAUCAUGCUAGUGAAAAUGCUGGUAUUGUAACACCAAAUGUGGCUGCAGAGGAGGAAAGAAAGAAUGCCAUCGAGGUGGCAAUGGCGACUGCUGCAGCUGCUGAGGCAGCAGUCGCAACAGCUCAGGCUGCAGUUGAGUUUAUCAGGAAGACUAGGCCAUGCAUUUUGGUCAAAGAAAAUCAAGCUGCUGUUAUCAUUCAGAAAGCCUUUAGAGGAUAUCUGGCAAGACGUGCAUUAAGGGCACUGAAAGGGCUGGUAAAGCUGCAGGCAUUAGUAAGAGGUCACAAUGUGAGGAAGAGAACAACAUUGACUCUAACACGUAUGCAAGCUAUCUUUCGAGUUCAAGCUAGAGUUUGUGAUCAACGUCGCAGACUUUCAGUCUCACGCGAGGGCAGCCUCAGUUCCAGUUCUUUCACUGACAAAAUUCCCCUGUCAAAAGACGGCGAAUGGGAUGAAUUUCAGAGUGUUGAAAAAGAAAUUGACUCGAGUUCCAUCCUUGGAAUGACCCAGGAAGAUGUUUGGGAAUCUGAAAGGGAACUUGCUUAUGCCUUCUCUGACAAGAUGUGGAAAUCUCGCAUGAAAGAAUCCGACGAAAAACUAGAUGGAGCUGUGGAUUGGAGGGAAGCCAUUCGGUGGGAAAGACCAGGCAGAUACUCUUGUGAUCAAAGACUGCCCAUCAAAUUACAUCAAGUAGACUACGCAAAUCACAGGUCAAGUUUUCACAAAAUCAGGGAGAAAAAUCCUUACCAGCAGAUCAAAUUAAGUCCGUAUUCGUCUUUCCAAACACCCAAACCACACCAACCCGAACUCAAACAUCUACAAGUUCAUUCUGCUAGCCCCCGUUGCAUGAGACAACAGGAACCAAUCUACCUAAAGUCCCAGACACCGCGCUUGAGUUGCUCUUACCGAAACAACACUGCAGUGCCAAGUUACAUGGCAGACACUGCAUCUGCUAAGGCUCGAAUUAGAUCACAAAGUGUGCCUAGAGAACAAAGGCCUUCCACGCCUGAGAGAGAGGGAAUAGGAAUUCCAAAAAGGCGCUUAUUUUUCGGAUCAUCAGAAGAGGUAGCUUCACCAUCUUGCAGAAAUACUCCAAGGGUGCAGAGAUAAGCUGAUAUUGAACUGUGAAGUCUGACUAUAACUGUAAUUCUUGUAUAUUUGAUUGAUAGUUUGUUUUAUCUAGCGUUUCAUGGAAGUUGAAGUAGUAACAUCAUAGGCUGAUGCAAUUUGAGUUCUGGCUGUA